UGUUCGCCAUCACUUUAGUCAAUGAACCGGGGUGAUUGAGAAUUAACAUAAAACGCAUUCAGCUUUGACAUUUGCAUCUCUCAGUUUCUGCAUUGAAUACGUAUAUCAUAAUAAUAUAAAACGUGUGCAUUUGGUACAUCGCGCGACUGGUGCCCAUUCGAUUGGAAUAAAUAGCAUGAGAUUUUGUCGACAUUGCAAAUAGUGUUACAUCAUUGAUAGCAACAACAGCGCUCACCGAGAGAAGAACAAUUGCAACGGCAAAUUGAUCGUUGUCACAAAUUUUGUUUUCAUAAAUCAUACAAAGUGAUCGUGUGCUUUUGCAUCGAAGUGCCCGUGAUUCAAUUCACAGUUGAACAAUAAACAUGUGGAAAAUCGGUUUGUUUUUGGGUGUUUUAAUCAUCGCUGCUGCCUAUGCAGCACCACAAGCGCCAGCAGACCAAGAGAAAUAUGAGCCGUAUGAAUAUCAGUACGAAGUGAAAGAUCCGGAGAAAAUGCUAUUUUUCGAUAAAAACGAAAUUGGCGACGCGUCAGGAAAGGUGACUGGAAAAUAUUCCGUAUGGCUGCCAGACGGACGUUUAAUGACAGUGGAAUACUCAGUAGCCAAAGAAACGGGAUUCGUGCCGAAAGUGACAUUCCAAGAUAAUGCCAAUCCACUUCAAGGAUAAAAAUUAUUCGCUGAUUAAUUGUCAUCUUGUUAUAUUUUUGUCUUUAAAAUGUUCUAAAGUGCGAUAAUUGUCUCCUCAAUAAAAACAAAAUGACCGUCCACACUGUCUAACAAUUCAAAACGAACCGU